UAUUCCUCGUCAGUUUCUAGACUUUCUAGAAGACCCUUCUCAUGGAGGUGCCCUGGAACCAGCGCAGCAUCUAGAGGCUAAGAGACCUCAAGGGCUGUCUGCCCGCUCCUCGUGGCCUGUGGCCCAUUUGGACUUGUCUGGCCUUCCCUGGGGGGCUCUUUUUCUUGAUGUGGGAUUAGGAGUCGACCUAAGGUUGAAACACUCCAAAGCAGCUUGGAGAUCUGUGGCUGAAGGCUGUGUGGCCGGGGAGGCGGCCUCUAGGAGCUGGGUCUCCCUGGAGGGGCCGCUCUGGUGCUUUGUAACCUGCCUCUCCUCUUCUCCCAGCUGUGACCCUGCUGCCCAGCUGCCACUCCCUGUGUCCUCCAGCAGGCCUGGCAUCGCGCUCACCCCUGGGCUGACCUUCUCCGCAGUGCCAGUGGCCUGCCACGCCCAUGUUUGCCUGUUCAGUGCUGGAACAGUGGUCCCCUCCAGGCUGGAUCUGGAAACCUUAGCAGACCUCAGGAGUUGGAACCAGGGCCCCAACGUGCACUGGAAUUUAGGGAUGUGGGGCAGAGUGUGGCACAGAGUCUUCCUCCUGGACUUAUGUUGGGACCACUGCGGCUCCCUGGUGGGCUGUCCUCCCUAGCAGGGUGUGGUCUUCUGCUUCCCCGGUCGGGAGUCACAUCCCUCCCUGUGACUGCAAUAUGUAUGAAAAGAGCGGGUUCUGGCUGGGGAGAGAACCUCCCGAAACCACUGUCCUUUAUCUGAGAGUGCUAGUCUGCACUUUGACCCAUCUCACUGCUAGCCACAUCCACGCUAUCUGUCCCCUCAGCAAGCCAGAUUAUCUGGCCAUGAAAGCCCCAGGAAUAUGAGCUGUGGGGCCAUGAGGUUGAGACGGGGCAGGAUGAGCUCGUAGGACACGUGACAGCUUGAGCUGGGGCAGCAGGACAUGGAGUGAGGCCGCUGCGUCUCUGCACGGGAAGAAUGAUUAGAUCCCUGGGCACGUCAGUGUCCUCUGCCCACUGCCCACACCAAUGUCCCAGGGCCUGGAGGACAGUGUGGGCGCUGGCAGGAAUAGGGAGGAGGGGGGAAGGCAGAGGCCGGCUCUGGACUUCACAGGCGCUCCUGGCUACCAGUAUCUCUCACUCCUGUGGUCUGACUCUUCCUUUUCUGACAGUUUCAGGAGCUGUUGGCCAGAGGAAGUGGCCGGGCCGUGGGAUGCGGAGAGCCACAGGCUGACUCCUGGACAGCGGAACAGAGAGUGCUGCCAACAGACGGACGGUAUGUUCAUGCAGGUUGAAGAGCUCUCGCCUCCCAGAAUGACCAGUGCAGCCCCUGCUAAGAAGCCCUACCGUAAGGCACCACCCGAGCAUCGUGAGCUGCGGCUGGAAAGUCCUGGCUCCCGGCUCGAGCAGGAGGAGCCGCUUACUGACGCGGAGAGGAUGAAGCUUUUGCAGCAGGAAAACGAGGAGCUCCGCCGGCGCCUGGCCUCGGCCACCAGGCGAACUGAGGCUCUGGAGCGCGAGCUGGAGAUCGGGCAGGACUGCCUGGAGCUGGAGUUGGGCCAGAGCCGGGAGGAGCUGGACAAGUUUAAGGACAAGUUCCGCAGGCUGCAGAACAGCUACACGGCUUCCCAGAGGACCAACCAGGAGCUGGAGGACAAGCUGCACACGCUGGCCUCUCUUAGCCACAGCUGGAUUUUUGCAAUUAAGAAGGCUGAGAUGGACAGGAAGACGCUGGACUGGGAGAUUGUGGAGCUGACCAACAAGCUGCUGGAUGCCAGGAAUACCAUCAACAAGCUGGAGGAGCUCAAUGAGCGGUACCGGCUGGACUGCAACCUGGCCGUGCAGCUGCUCAAGUGCAACAAGUCCCACUUCCGUAACCACAAGUUUGCUGAUCUGCCCUAUGAGCUGCAGGACAUGGUUCGAAAACACCUGCACAGUGGUCAGGAGGCCGCCAGCCCGGGGCCUGCCCCCGGCUUGGCCCCUGGGGCUGUGGUGCCCACCUCGGUCAUUGCCCGUGUGCUGGAGAAGCCAGAGUCUCUCCUGCUCAAUUCAGCCCAGUCAGGCAGCGCUGGGCACCCCUUGGCUGAGGAUGUCUUCGUGCAUGUGGAUAUGAGUGGGGGUGACCCGGGUGACUCAGCUAGCCCCCCAGCCCCGAGCAGCCCCAGCCCCCAACCCAAUGGGGAGUGCCAUUCCCUGGGCACUGUAGGGGGCUCCCCGGAGGAGGAGCUACCCCUGCCGGCCUUUGAGAAGCUGAGCCCCUACCCAGCCCCAUCCCCGCCACACCCACUGUAUUCUGGCCGCAGGGUGAUUGAGUUCUCUGAGGAUAAGGUGCGGAUCCCCCGCAACAGCCCCCUGCCCAAUUGCACGUAUGCCACCCGCCAGGCCAUCUCCCUGAGCCUGGUGGAGGAGGGCAGUGAGCGGGCCCGCCCCAGCCCGGCACCUAGCAGCCCUGCCUCGGCCCAGGCCUCCCCCCAGCACCAGCCCCGCCCCGCUCCGCCGGUGCUCAGUGCCCCGGCCAGCUCUGCCAGCUCCGAGGAGGACCUGCUGGCCAGCUGGCAGCGGGCGUUUGUGGACCGCGCUCCGCCCCCGGCCGCUGUGGCCCAGCGCACAGCCUUCGGCCGGGAUGCACUCCCUGAGCUGCAGCGCCACUUCGCCCUUGGGCCUGCUGGUGGAGAUGAGGAGGUGCAGGCACCAUCGUCCCCACCUGGUGAAAGCGGGCUGCUGCUGCCGCUCGAAGCUGACCCUGGCUUUCCCAGGGGGGAGGAUGAAGAAGAGCUGAAUCUGCCCAUCAGCCCAGAGGAGGAGCGCCAGAGCCUGCUGCCCAGUAAUGCUGGCACGGAGGAGGGGCCCGGCACACCUCGCGCUGAGGGCAGGGUGUGGGCACUGCCCAGCUCCAGCCGCCCCCAGCGAAGCCCCAAGAGGAUGGGGGUGCACCAUCUGCACCGCAAGGACAGCCUGACGCAGGCCCAGGAGCAGGGCACCCUGCUGCACUAGUGCCCGCCUCGCCUUCUUGCCGCUGCUGCACAGGGACUGCAGGGCGCUCCUGCCCUUGCAGCUCAGGGUCUCCGCCCAGCCCAGGCCCUUGACCUCUGCUCCCUGCGCGAACAGGGUCAGGCCGCACCAGGCCUUUCAGCUGCAUUGACUAACUGGUAUCAGCUGGCCUCGUGGUUUUUCCCUCCUGGAAUAUUUAUUCUCCAAUGGUAACGUGCAGCUGGGGCUCAUGACCUUUCUUCCAGUCAGCUCAAAUCGGUCUGUUCUGGGGAGCUGAGGCCUUUAUUACAUCAGUGUUUAUCCUCCUUCCUCCUUUUAUAGCCACCAGUUUUUUUUUCCCCCCGAGUGUAAGGGGUCAUUGGGAUUAUUAACCUCUAGUUAAUAGUUCUAGUUUUUGACCGGUUUCUCUCUCCUUCAAUCCCCUGCACGAGCUGUUGCCUUCACGGGGUCUAGCACAGCAGGCCCUCAGGGUGCGGGAGAGGACUGACUCAGGGCUCCUCAGCUGUUUCCUCCUCCCUCUGGGAGGGAGAAGAGGGUGGGAUUCAGGGGCCUUAAACUGGGCUCUAGGUGAAGCCUGGCCCCACUCCCAGCCUUGGCUCUAGACUGUUACUCCCAGCACUGGGAAAUUUUCACAUCGGUAACUAUUUUAAAAUUAAAUAAAACUAUUUUACUGGAAUGGC